AUGAUCAGCCUCUACACAUCGCUGUUCAGUGUCGUAUUUAUUCUGAUUCAAUCAGUGUUGGUACAAGUGUCAGUUUGUUCUUUGGAUCCUCUUCCUCAGUUCAAUACAAGCUUCUACGUGGAGACGUUCUUCGAGCUUCAUCGACAAUUGUGUCCAGUUGAACAAUUUAAAAAUCUCGUAGUGUUACGACUCAGCAAUGAAAGUCUCUUCGAAACAAUAUUUCCGGCCUUCAUGAGCGAUCCGUCUUACACCAAAACUAUGUCAGACCAGGCAGUGUUAUAUUAUGACCACGCAAGCAAUGAAAAUGAAUGUAAUUUCAUACCCGUUAAUAAUUUAAUGGAUUUCGAGGGUGCACAUUAUGUGGAAGAGAACAUUCGAACGAUAUUCUUCUACCCUAAAUGGAAGUAUGAAGAAUUUCACAAACAUCCGAAUUCAACCAUUGCCGAAGCUUUUCGGAAAGGUUACGAGGUGGUUUACGAUCUAGAUAAUACCUUGGAAAUCUAUCACUGGAAUCGUUUCUAUAAUCAAACGAUUACGAUCGAUCCUCGCAACCUCCUAGUACCGGACGAGAUUCGUAAUUUGCAUGGUUUUGAGUUAGAACUUUAUUUGUCGGAUUUUUUGCGCAAAUCAAUGACAUUCGACAUGUACUUCAUUGAGCAGAUUUGCAGAAAGAUAAACGCCACUGUUGUAUUAACGGAUCAAAAUUCAAAACGUAUGGCGAUCGCUCCACUGGUAGGAAUAAGAAAUGCGUACGUUCCUUUUAUAAUACCUGGUGCGGGAACAUCAUACUUAGCAAUAAUGGUGCCUCGGGCCAAGCCCAAGUCAAUCAUGUCGAUACUGAUCGAUCCUUUCGACUUGUACACAUGGAUCACAUACUUCAUACUGAUUCUUACUUUGGCCAUUACCCUCGCCUUGUUUGGAGAACUUCUCGGGAGGCGCCGUUUCUAUGAGAUAGUCCUUGAGCUGAUCAUGAUUUCUCUUGCGGGCCCUUCUAGAACAUAUGGAGGAUCAUUCGAGAAUCGCAUCAUCACUGUGUUCUGUCUAAUGGGGAUAGUGCUCGUAUCGUCCUACCAAUCGCUUGUGAUCUCCUUUAUGUCAUUCGCGCGCUAUCCUCCCGAGAUCAACACCCUGGCGGAGAUACAAGAACGGUGCAUUUUUAAGGAAGGGGAGGAAGCACAAUUCUUUAAUUUCAAGACAUUUGAUUCUAAUAACCGUCCCGGUUUGGGUAAUCCAUGUGUAUUUGAAUACGGAAGGGAUAACGAACAACGCAGCAUGAUGAUAGCAUCACACAUGAGUUAUGAGAAGCAUACACAUUACGGCGAAGACUUCUUACGAUUCAGACAUGAAAACUAUCGUUACGCCGAUACGAAAUUUUUCGAGUAUCAAAUAUGUUAUCUUAUGCUUGCCGAGCUCAGACAAACAUUUAAAUUCUAUAUUGAUGCGAUUUUCGAAUCAGGCAUCUAUGAUUAUUACUAUAACAACAAAUCACAACCCGACUGGCACUAUAAUCAAGACACUUUUGUUGAUCGCGUUGUCACUGUAGGAGAUCUUACAUUGCUGUGGUAUGCUUAUGCGUGCGGAACCUUACUGAGUGUAGUAUGUUUUGUGACGGAAACAGUUAUUCAUAACGAGUUUCGAAACAUUCGAAUUCGAAAUUAA